AUGGUUAUGUCCCAGGGCACCUACGCGUUCCUCACGUGCUUCGCCGGUUUCUGGCUCAUCUGGGGUCUCAUCGUCCUACUCUGCUGCUUCUGCAGCUUCCUGCGCCGCCGCCUCAAACGGCGCCGGCUUCGUGAGCAGAACCUCCGCGCCCUCGACCUUCGAGCUCGGGCAAUGACAACCGGAAGCCCCCCAGGCCUAGCGCCGCCACCACCACCGCAGCGCGGCCGUCUCGAGGCGCGCACGCAUCAGCACGUGCACGUCCACCCGCUGCUGCACCACGGGCCGGCGCAGCCACACGCACACGCGCACACACACCACCACGCGCUUCCUCAUCCGCCGCCCCACCUCUCUCCAGUGCUGACGCAGCAGAUUAUCCGCCUGGCCGGAGGCCAGGGACGGGUGGCCUCACCCUCGGAACAUUUCCCCACUCCACCUUAUGGAAUCGGACAAGCCACGCAGUGCUAUGAAGAGGCGGUGCUGAUGGCCGAGCCGCCGCCGCCCUACAGUGAGGUGCUCACGGACACGCGCGGCCUCUACCGCAAGAUCGUCACACCCUUUCUGAGCCGCCGCGACAGCUCGGAGAAACAGGAGCAGCCGCCGCCCAGCUACAAGCCGCUCUUCCUGGACCGGGGCUACACGUCAGCGCUGCACCUGCCCAGCGCUCCGCGGCCAGCGGCCCCCUGCCCUGCGCUCUGUCUGCAGGCGGACCGUGGCCGCCGGGUCUUCCCCAGCUGGACCGACUCGGAACUCAGCAGCCGCGAGCCGCUGGAGCACGGAGCUUGGCGCCUGCCGGUCUCCAUCCCCUUGUUCGGGAGGACUACAGCCGUAUAGAGGGGCGUCCGGCGUUCCGGGCCUCACCCGCGAACUCGUGGCCUG